AUGCCGAAUACGAGUACAGCUCCAGAAGGCGACUAUGAUAUCCAACUCGAAGAAUGUCCACAAACAUCGGAAUAUCAGUAUGUUGGUGCAUCUCAAACAAGGGAGGGCGGCAAGGGCUUCACGGACUGGGUGGAGGAGGAUCAAUUCAACGGCUUGCGGACGGACAACCUGUUCUAUCCAUUCGUUGGAGACUUGGAGUGGGAAUUUUCCGACUUUCUCGCUCAUUCAAGCCUCACAAUGAAAGAGAUUAACGAGUUGUUGAAUCUCAAACUUGUUCGCCAAUACCUUGCGCCUCAUCUUUCCUACAAGACCGCCAAAGAGCUGCGUCAUCGCAUCGAAUUAUUGCCGACAGGACCAAGGUGGCACUCGCGAACAAUCUCAUAUCCGGGUUUCCCAACAAAAAAGCCAAUCGUUCUAUUCUACCGUAACUCGUUGGAAUGCAUUCAACUCCUUCUUCGCAACCCGCUCUUCAAGAACAACAUUGACUUCGUGCCCACUCAGUUGUUCCAGUCCGGCGAGCGCAUUCAUAAAGAGUGGAUAAAUAGUGACAGUGCCUGGAAGAUGCAGGAAGCGGUUCCCCCUGGCCAUACUGUCCUUGGGGUCAUCGCAAGCUCUGACAAAACGAACAUCUCCGUCAUGAAUGGCGACCGUGUCGCUCACCCAUUUUUACUCUCUUUGGCCAACUUGCACAGUGACAUAGCGAGGAAAGCAUCCAACCACGCAUUUCUCAUGGCUGCACUUCUUCCAGUACCCAAAUUCCUCUGCGCAAAGAAUUUACGGAGCGUGAUGGAAAGCCGGCUCCUCCAUCAUUGCCUGGACGUUAUUUGCGACCCUCUCAAAAUCGCGGCUCGAGAUGGGGCUCUCUUGUCGAAAUCGGAUGGCUCACUCAUCUAUGCGCAUACGCCACUAGUUUCUUACAUCGUCGACACCCCCGAAGCCGCCGAUAUUGCCUGUGUUAAAGCGAAAACCUCCCAUUUGACGACCGCAUCGCAUCAUACAUUUGGAGACAAUUUCCGCCAUCCAGAACGAACCGGUGAGAAUACCUGGGUAGCCAUAUCCUCCAUCUCUGCAACAGUUGCUCCGCAUGAUGUUGCCGCAUAUCAGAAGGCUUCCAAAGCCCACUCAUACAGACUCAACGGUGUCCACCUCCCAUUCUGGCGAAACUGGCCUCUUUCCACAAACCCUGCGAGAUUCUUGACGCCCGAAGUUCUCCAUCACGCGAUGCAGAACUCGAUUUCCGCCUCCUCGCUCAUCCACCCCCGUUCUGGUGUACGACAUUUCAAGGAGGGGGUUACCCGGCUCAAACAGCUUGGUGGUCGUGAGCAUCGAGAGCUUGAACGCUCUUUCAUUUCUAUCAUCGCUGGUGCUGUCCCACGAGAGGUUCUCCUUAGCCUUCGUGCAUUGAUGGACUUUCGAUUUAUUGCCCAAUCACCGCAGAUUAGCGAAACAACUAUCGCUCGCAUGAAUCAAUGCCUUGCAACUUUUCAUGAGCACAAGCAACAUAUCAUCGACAGCGGUGGCCGGGAACAAGCCCAUUUUGCGAUACCGAAACUCGAAUUUCUUCACAGUAUCGUCCCUAGUAUUCGAUGGGCGGGGACUCCCAUGCAAUAUACGGCGGAUAUUACCGAGAAGGCACAUAGCACUCAGAUUAAAGUCCCCGCUCGAACGGAGACCAAUCAUCGCGACUACGACCCUCAAAUUGUUCGACAUCUCGAUCGAGCAGAAAAGCUUCGUCUAUUUGGCCUUUACACUGGGAUCAAAUCUGAAAAACUCAAGCUCGAGAUGAUGGAGGACGACAAUUGUGAAGACGAGGAUGAAGAAGAAAGUGCGACACAGAUCGAAGGGCCUUCACUUAUCGGCGAAUCCUCGCGUCCAGCGCGAAACUUGUUCAAGGCAGCCGAUCUCUAUCCUCUCCUCUAUCCACAGACAGAGAGUCGGUUCACAACUACCGCCUCAGCCGCCUUCCUUCUCAAUCGUCGUCCUGCCUUUUCCAAGAUUUCCAUUGAGGAUGUUGCCCAAAUGUAUCAGCUGAAUGAUCUUCGCGUCGCACUCGGCGAUUUUUAUGGACAGAUUCGGAGCACAGCUCACAACCCUUUUCUGGGUGGUCGACGUCGACAGCCUGCCAACUGCGAACUACCAUUUACACAUCUUGAGGUCUGGUAUUCGCUUUGUUUCCAGGGCAAGGCACCGCACACUGGUCAACCCCUUCCAUCUCAGCUGCUGUUUGGUCAACCAUCUCAUGUGGAUUCAACGUGGUCCGUCGGGCGAUAUGAUUCAGUGCUACUAUCGAAUUCUCUUGAUGCUUGCUGGCCGGGGAAAGGAUUUCGGGACGGGCUCCGAGACCAUACAGCCGCGCAGAUUCGACUAAUAAUGCGACCACACUGGCCAGACGAAGGCCAUACUGGCGUCAAUCCAUUUCUAAUCUACGCCCAACGAUUUGAUGUCGUACCACAGCCUACUCCGGAUAAGAGAGAAGCAACAACGGGUCAAUUCAUACUACGACGAGCGUUGAGGGCUGACUCAAAUCGGAUGGGUGGGGUUGUUGAUAUGAGACAUAUCCGAGCACCAAUCGAGUUAAUCCCUCGUUUUGGUGCAAAGGCAGAUGGCCGUUUGACACCCUUUCUUCUUCUACCACCACUCGCCCGUCUCAUCUUCGCCAACUCGCACGAUGCUCAAACGAAGGAGGAGAAGAAAACGCUCAGCAAGCACAAGGUGCAAGAUAAGAGGAAUGAACUCGAGUUUGAAGCGGAUCAGUGUUUCGCUCUCGAAACACUCUCGGAUGGGCUCGAUAACACGGAAUCCAAUCUAGACCUAUUCGACAAAUGGGUGUCAGAAACGCCGACUCGCCCCCAAACCCCCCUUCGAAAUCCUGCACCCCCAAUUUCCUAUGCUCCAAAAGCUCCCAUCAAGGACAAGAAGCAAGAUGAAGAGACCAAAGGCGAAGAAUUACCUGAAGACCAGCAGCUCAAGAGUGAGCUUGAAAUGCUAGCAGAGCAGCUGAAGGAAAUCAAUGCUGACCUCUAUAAACCGGCGCUGAAAGCUCCUUGGGCUCCCAUUCGCACAUUCACCUCCUCGAUUCCAAAACCACUCAAGUUUCUGCACCCGUUGUACCCCGGCCUUCAAGCACCCUAUGAAACAUGGGAGCCAUCCGAAAACAAGUCUUUAUUUGCAUACAUCUUAUCGGUCUUGGCCAUGACUUAUUCGGACACCCAACCACGAGGCACUCUUCGUUUACUGGCAGCAGAAAUGCGGCCAGCAGGCUCGCCGCUUUCCGACCCUGGAUCAUGGGGGCACGAAUACGUUCGACAUCUUGCUGCUGAACUGGGUGACGAAUACAAUAUUCGCGAACAAGAAGAUGACGAGGUUGAACCAGUCAAGGAUUCAUCACCAGUGCUCAAAGUUCCUGGUACAUUUGACGACCUCCGUGCCUUGGCGAAAGAAUGUGCCGUAUUCCUUCUCGACCAUAACGCCGAACCGGACGCUAUCGAUCUUCUUCAAGAGUUGGAAAUGGUGGAGGAAUCAAUCACUCUUGUCGACAAGAAUACAUAUACGCGCGUUUGCCAAUACCUCAUUGGUUGUGUCAAUUUGCUUCCACCCCCAGAUGACAUUGCUUUCCUUCGGACCGCUCACGCGAUCUAUGCGCGACUAAACAAGUUUCCGGAAGCUCUGGGAGAUCAAGACCUCAUUCGAGAGGACUUCAAUACUCCCUCCAACCCACAAAUGAAGAGACAACUCGCUUUUAUCCUUGCACGAGCGCAAAUACCUAUCGAGUGGCUGCGUGCCAACCCAGACGACGACAUCGACAUAGAGGACGAGUUUCCGGAAGGCAUCCGAGAAUGUCUCAGCAACACGCGCCUUUCUACUCAUUUGCGUGAAUUCGGCAAAGAACUCGGUGUGACAGACGCGAAGAGCCUCGAAGAAGUUAACAAGACGCAUCUUGAAAACACAAGGCCAAACGCGCUUGCCAAUGUCGACACCAUCGAAACGUUGAAGGCGAUAGAACACCCAAUCGCCAAGACUACGCAGGUUAUUGUGGAAGGGUGUGCCUUCGCUGGCGCAGGGAAUGUACUGAAGAUCCAAGCCAUGCUGCACCACUGCGACGAGCAUAUCGUGGAGAAGAAAGAGGAGAAGAAGGACGACAAGAAAGAGGACGCUGCUACCACGACAACUUACUUCCCUGUGCCUGCGAUGUAUCCGAGGUUCCUGAUUACCGUCGACGAGGAGCUCAACCCCAAGCCGGUAACGGUUCGGGUUGGACAGGCUCUAGAUGUCGUUGGCCAAGCGGCAAACCUCGAACGAUAUCUGGUUUCCAAACACACCAGACACCUGUGA